AUGCUUGAACACAAACGAUGGCGCUAUUUCAAUCGAACCGACAUUGUCAUCACUCAUCCCUAUUCAGUUCAUUUCGAUGUUUUUACGCUUCACCGUAAUGAAGCUAUCCAAGAACUAGGUUCUUGGCGUUAUCCGAUCUAUUUCGAUUAUUUGCCGGCUUUUCGUUUGGCAAUUGCUUUGAGAUUUCCAUUUUGGUUCGACAAUGCGACACUUGAUCCUUGUCAGCAAAGUAGAUGCAACGAGAAUUCCACUUGUCAGCCAAUUUUUAACCACCGUCGAUCUCACUAUUGUACAUGUAACAAGGGUCAUUGUGAGAACGAAUGUAGUCUUUAUGAGUCUCGUUGCGGCAUUUAUUGCUCAGCAAAUGCUCUCUGUCGGCCAGAUUAUGAUCAUAGUCAGUUGAACAAAACGAAGAUCAUUUGCAUCUGUCUACCGGGUUAUUUUGGACGCCGUUGCUUUCUUGAAUACGAUGAAUGCACGUCGAAUCCUUGUUGGAAUAAUGGAACGUGUUUUCUAAUUCAUAGUCGAAGUGGCGAAGUAUCUUUUAUAUGUUCGUGUUCACAGCGAUUCCAUGGGAAACGAUGCGAAAAUGAGAGUGCAUCGGUUCGUAUUAGAUUGAAUAUGACAAAAAUAUCAUCAGUUCGAGCGAUUGUUGUUCAAUUGUACAACACUUCUCAUUCAGUAUCAAAAACUGUAUGCAGGCGUUCCGUCAACGCUGCGCUACUUACAUUCUGA